CUCCCCUCAUAGCAAGUCUCUCCUCCCUCCCCUCAUAGCAAGUCUCUCCUCCUUUCCCCUCUCUACAACAGUUUGCACUUGUGCUGAGAGUCACUCCCCUCAUAGCAAUUCCCUCCUCCCUCCCCUCAUAGCAAUUCCCUCCUCCUUUCCCCUCUCUACAGCAGUUUGCACUUGUGCUGAGAGUCUCUCCCCUCAUAGCAAUCCCCUCCUCCUUUCCCCUCUCUACAGCAGCAGCUUGCACUUGUGCUGAGAGUCCUUUCUCUCUCCCCUCAUAGCAAGUCCCUCCUCCUUUCCCCUCUCUACAGCAGCUGUGUAAGCGUUACACUUGUGCUGAGAGUCCCUCCUCCCUCUCUACAGACGCACGGAACACACAACUCCCACUACCUUAGAGCAAGAUUGACAGACUGAAGAGGCUGGUUAGUCUUCCUUUUCCUCCUGCACUAAGCGGAACUGAUACUUGUUUGCAGGAUACGGGGCUGUGUGUCCAUCCCUGUCAUGGCGCUCCCCACCAUUCAGUGGUGUUUGUUUUGCCUCUGUGUAUUACCAGCAAAUUUACUUGCUAAAAAGGGGGAUGUGAUAGAAAUCACUGAUGAUAACUGGAGGGAAAUCCUGGAGGGAGAAUGGAUGAUCAAAUUCUGCAAAGACAGAAUUUUCAGAAAAUUCCAAGGUUCCAGGACUCACAAAGAUUUUAUAAACUUUGUAAGCGAGAAGGAGUGGGAGGGCGUAGAGCCAGUGUCGUCUUGGGUCAGUCCAGAUUCAGUUCUGAUGAGCAGUAUGUCUGGCCUAUUUCAGCUUUCCAUGCAGAUUAGGCAAUGUCACAAUUAUUUUGUUGAAGACCUUGGUAUUCCAGUCUGGGGAUCUUACAUCAUUUUUGCAUUGAUAACCCUGUUUUUAGGGUUAGUUUUGGGCUUGAUAUUGGUGUUUGUAGCAGACUUCAUUUGCCCAUCAAAGAGAUACCGACCCCAAGGAUUUAAAUAUCCAAAAAAUCUAACGCCCUCUGCAGAAAUGUUACUAAAGCAACUGGAUGAAGAAGAGGAAGACUCCGAUAAUAACGGCGUCUCACAAGACAACCUACGGAAACGUGCUGUGAAAAAUUGAUUUUAUUACAGUUAUAGUGAUCAGAUCAGAAGACUCUAAACUGUAGAUCCUUGCAAGCUGAUGAGACUGCUCUCUGCCCUUCAGAAGUCUUUGGCUGCCGUUGUACUCCUCAUGAAAUAGCCGUCUGUUAAUCAGCAUUUCCUUGCAAAAGUAUAUUUUCCUCUACCUAUCUCCAAACUUGGGAAUUUCCUAAGUUGUUUUGUAAAAUAGUGUUAAAGGGACAUUCCGGUCAAAAUUUAAAUGCACAUAGAUGAAUUAAACCUUUGGAUAGAAACAUAUUUGCAAUAUACAAAUGCUUCUAGAAAAAAGUUAUUGCUGUUUUAGUGUUAACAUUUUUCUCUGCAUGUGCACUUGAAGCAUAGCUAGAUAUUCUCAGUGCACCAGCAUUUUAAAUACUACAGCACUUCAGAGCGCCAGUGGGGCUUGUGUCAUAUCAGCAAUUAACAAAUUGAGUCAUUACUAGACGGUACAAGCAGCUUAGGGUCUCUAGACAACUGCUGUGUUUAAAAUGCUGGUGCACGGUGCAUACUUAAAUACACUUUUUAUACUGCUAUAGCUUUUAUUAGAAGCAUUUUUGCUACUACAUGUAUGUUACAAAAAUGCUUCUAUUCAAAACUGAAAUGCAUCCAUGUGGAUUUCAACUUUGGCUGGAAUAUCCCUUUAAGUAAAAGGAUAAAUGACUGUUCCUUUAUUUUUAUUUUUUAGAACAACAAACUUGUUAGUAAAAUGGAUUCCAGCUAACUCCAGUUUUGCUGCUUGAGUAUCUGUUACAAAAGGAAGCUAAAUAAAGCAGCAUCUACGUUCUUUAAGAAUCUUAUGUUUCAUACAAUGCUCUGUAACCUCUUCUGCUGUUACCAUAUGGUUUACUUGCCUGUCUGUUAUGCCAGGGCUUGACAAAUCCUGGAUCCAGGACAUCUUUAAAAUGGUCCUUGACACCCCAAUGAAAUAUCCUGCAGUGCUCACUGUUUGAGGAGUACACUACUGACUCAGCUUCUGCCCAGCUGAGAGCCGUCUUCUCUUUCCUCUCCUGCAAUCAAAGGCUUAAAGCGUUGCUGCAUGCUCAUUUUGGGCAAUGAAGGAGAUAAAACUGUAUUCCAAGCGAACAAGGGUCAAGUUGUUGCUUCAUGUGUCCCACUGAAAUGCUUUAACUUCUUGAUUAUUUCUGUACCUAGCAACUAAGGUGUUAAAUUCCGAUUUUUAAAGCUUUAGUGACCAUGUCAUCAAGUUUUUAUUAAAGACAGUAGGCAAACAUUUUGCUUUGCCCUCUUAACAAAGGAACAAAAUAUAGGUAUGUAACAUCUGAAUGAGGAGUUGUACAGUAAUCAGUCAGACAAUACAUUUUUACACUUUUGCUGCUACAAAGGAAAUGAAUAAACAGUCUUGAAAAAACAA